ACUCAAGCGCGUCUCAUCGGUUGCUCCCGGACGUGUGGUUCGGUUGCACACUGUGCCCUUGACUUCCUACGAGAGGUGAUAGCCGAUGAGCAGCACCAGUUCGGAGAUCACUGAAUAAAGUGUGAAAGGAAGGGCGCAUUUCUCGCCAUGGGCUUUAUCCCAGAAGAGGGAAAGGUUCUGCCUCCUCCGGGAGUCGUGAACAGGAACUCGCUGUGGCUGGCGGGUGUCGGCUGGUUCUCCGCCGUGCUGGAUAACGCCAUCAGGCACAGGCCGCCGGUGAAAUCAGGUGUUCAUCGGCAGUUCCUGCUGGCAACCAUUGGCUGGUUUAUUGGCUACCAUAUCACCAAAUAUGAAAAUUAUACUUACGCUAGACUCGAUCGAGAAAUGAAUGAGUACAUCAGACUGCACCCGGACAAAUUUGUACCAAAGGAGAAAAAGACCUUUGCUGAGAUUGUUGAACCUUUCUGUCCCAUUCGCUAAGUGUCAGUGGCUGUGAGAGAGGAAACGUGUGCGACUGCCACCUGUGUGGAGCAGCCUUUUUGUGAACGCGUUCUUUCAUUUGUGUGACUUAUAAAUGUGUAAAUAAAAAAACUAAAUUGAACAUUUUA